AACAUAACUUUCACAGGGUCAACAGCUGUUUUAUUUCUCAGGGAGUUCCUCGCAAUCAAGAGCCAAUUAAUAAAUUAAAAGUGAUGAGUAAAAGAUAGCCGUCACUGAAAAGCCAUAAAUGAGUUCUAACUUUGCCACCAGUUCGCGAAAGGCAGUUAUGACCAUGUAUAAGCAAACGUGCACCAAUCUCCUGGAAUUGUCCUCCGCCAAGGUGACCGAGUGGAUAUCGAGCUUCGAUUCGGUGAUAACCGACUGCGAUGGUGUCCUAUGGAUCUACGGCCAGGCCCUGGAAGGCUCGGUGGAUGUGAUGAACCAGUUUAAAGCCAUGGGAAAGUCGAUAUACUUUUGCACGAACAACUCGACGAAGACCCGUUCGGAACUUCUGAAAAAAGGCGUGGAGCUGGGCUUCAAGAUCAAUGAGAACGGCAUUAUAUCGACGGCUCAUGCCACAGCCGCAUAUCUGAAGCGCCGAAACUUCAGCAAGAGGGUAUUCGUGAUCGGAAGCGAGGGAAUCACCAAGGAACUGGACGCAGUGGGCAUUCAGCACACCAAGGUGGGGCCGGAACCCAUGCAGGGUUCGCUGGCCGAGUUCAUGGCGACGCAUUUAAAACUUGACACGGACAUCGGAGCCGUGGUCGUGGGCUUCGACGAGCACUUCAGCUUUCCCAAGAUGAUGAAGGCCGCCUCGUACCUGAACGAUCCGGAGUGCCUGUUCGUGGCCACCAACACGGAUGAGCGAUUUCCGAUGCCGAACAUGAUAGUUCCCGGCAGCGGGAGCUUCGUGCGGGCAAUCCAAACCUGUGCGGAACGUGAUCCGAUCGUGAUCGGAAAACCCAAUCCGGCCAUUUGCGAAUCGCUGAUCAGCCAGAACAAGAUAGAUCCUGCGAGGACCCUUAUGAUCGGCGAUCGAGCCAAUACGGACAUCUUGCUCGGCUCCAAUUGCGGAUUUCAGACCCUGCUCGUGGGCUCCGGAAUCCAUCAGCUGAAGGACGUGGAGCAGUGGAAACUAAGUCAGAAUCCCGAGGACAAGAAGCUCAUACCGGACGUGUACCUGCCCAAGUUGGGGGAUCUGCUGCCAGCGAUUGUGGACAGCCUGACAGGCUCGAAAUGAUUGAGAUUUGAAUUUGUAGCCAAUAUUCAGUAAUCAGUAUGUAGUGCAGACAUGUGUUUGUAUCGUAGUACAUUCACUGGCAAUAGACAGGAAAACUUAAAAAUAACUAACGCAAAUUUAUAGUACAAUUUAUACUAAAGAAUAAAAUAUUAAAAAAAAAGUGUA